AUGAGUUACCCGGCAGAACCUACCCAAGUAGUUAAGCCUGUGCACAUUGCCUCUGCUGUUGCACCCAAAGUCACUGCCAUGGCGAGCGUGGCUUUCAAUAAGACAGCGAGGCCGUUUGGAGCUGUAACCUCCUCCAAGGUCACCUCCAUCCCAUCACCAUCCUCUGCCUUCAUGCCGGGGCAGGCGUUGGCCGGGUCCCAUUGUGCUGUGCUCGGAGUGCAUGCCAAGCCUAACGCUGAGCUGUGGCCACCUGUGCUGGGCACUCCUAAACCUGCAGUUCCUGUCCCACGGCAGCACGGUGCCGCCCCAAGCGCCUCAGCCACCGUCAUCUCCCAGGAUGCAGCUGAGGGGCCACAACGAGGAGGCAGAGAGAACCAGGGGGAGAAUAAACAGGAAAAUGGGAGAAUCCCAGGGAACAACAACCCUGAGAGACCCCCGCGGAAGCACAUCGUGGAUACCUACACAGAGUUCUACCACACUCCCACCCACAGCGAUGCCAGCAAGAAAUGGCUGAUUGAGGACACUGAGGACUGGCACCCCUGCACAGGCACCACCCAGUCCUGCUCCUUCCACAUCCUCACCCAGAUCACCAGCACUGAUCACAAAGUCCAUUCUAGUCGACCAGAUUUGAAGGACAGGCCCCUAGAAGAUCCAGAUUGGGAACUCUUCACAGAUGGGAGUAGCUUUGUGAAAAAUGGUAAAAGAAUGACUGGUUAUGCUGUGACCACACAGGACAAGGUGAUUGAGGCCAAGGCCCUGCCGGCAGAUGUAUCAUCGCAGAAGGCUGAAUUGAUUGCGCUGACGAGGGCCUUAGACUUGAGUGAAGGAAUGAAGAGCCAUCAGAGCACCAUCAUCGCCCAGAUCCCCGGAGAAGAACACCCCUCCAUUCACAAACUUCAGUUUCCAUUCACCCACGGGAAGCCCGAAAUUGACACCUCGCAGUACCAGAGGAAAAUCUUUUCAGCCGACAGGAGCCGACUAUGA